CGCCCGGACUCCAUUAGGCAGCAGCUGGGGGAAGAAUCAACACACCAGGGAGCGGAGCGGCGCGGACCGAGCACCGAGGCGGCCGCUGCCUCCGCCGCCGCCUCCGCCGCCGCCGUCGGGGCUCCAGCUUCGGUCCCGCGCCCCCCCCAGUGCCCGCGAGCCCCCGGGCCGCGCCGCGAGCGCCUCCGGAGGGGGGGGGAAGGGCCCGGUCCUCCUUCUCCCCCUCCUCCCGCCCCACCGACCCCCGCCGCGCCCCGCCGGCCUCCCACCACGGCCUCUCUCGGCGAGGAAACUCUGGCCUCCGCUUCCUCCUCCUCCGACUCGGACGCCGGCGGAGCCUCCCCGCCCCCGCGGAAGAAGCCCCGAGCCUCGGCGGCGGAGGGAGCAGGAGAGCCCGGGGCCUCGGCCGGCCGAGCAGGCCUCCCCCCCCCGCCCUCGCCAGCCGCCUCCUCCUCCGUGGUGGUGGUGGUGGGACUGCCUCCGGCCGCCCCCGCCGCCCCGCAGCGGAGCAGCGGCCACAGCCUGGUCAGCGGCGGCACCAUGCAGGCCAACGGGGCGGGAGGAGGCGGCGGGGGCGGCGGGGGCCAGGGCCAGACCCCGGAGCUCGCCUGCCUGUCGGCGCAGAACGGGGAGUCGUCCCCUUCGGCGACGUCUGCGGGGGACCUAGCCCACGCCAACGGGCUCCUGCCUGCCGCCCCCUCCGCCGCUGGCAACAAUAGCAACAGCCUGAGUGUCAAUAACGGGGUUCCCGGCGGGGCCGCCGCGGCCUCCGCCACCGCCGCCGCCGCCCAGGCCACCCCCGAGCUGGGCAGCAGCCUCAAGAAGAAGAAGCGGCUCUCGCAGUCCGAUGAGGAUGUCAUUAGGCUCAUAGGACAGCACCUCAAUGGCCUAGGGCUCAACCAGACUGUUGACCUGCUCAUGCAAGAGUCGGGAUGUCGUUUAGAGCAUCCUUCUGCUACCAAAUUCCGAAAUCAUGUCAUGGAAGGAGACUGGGAUAAGGCAGAAAAUGACCUGAAUGAACUAAAGCCUUUAGUGCAUUCUCCUCAUGCUAUUGUGGUAAGAGGCGCACUUGAAAUCUCUCAAACGUUGUUGGGAAUAAUUGUGAGGAUGAAGUUUCUGCUGCUGCAGCAGAAGUACCUGGAAUACCUGGAGGACGGCAAGGUCCUGGAGGCACUUCAAGUUCUGCGCUGUGAACUGACGCCGCUGAAAUACAACACAGAGCGCAUCCAUGUCCUUAGUGGGUAUCUGAUGUGUAGCCACGCAGAAGACCUACGGGCCAAAGCUGAGUGGGAAGGCAAGGGCACAGCUUCCCGGUCCAAACUGCUGGACAAGCUUCAGACCUAUUUACCACCAUCAGUGAUGCUUCCCCCACGGCGUUUACAGACUCUCCUGCGGCAGGCGGUGGAACUCCAGAGGGACCGGUGCCUAUAUCACAAUACCAAACUUGACAAUAACCUAGAUUCUGUGUCUCUACUUAUAGAUCAUGUUUGUAGUAGGAGGCAGUUUCCCUGUUACACUCAGCAGAUACUUACAGAGCAUUGUAAUGAAGUGUGGUUCUGUAAAUUCUCUAAUGAUGGCACUAAACUAGCAACAGGAUCAAAGGAUACCACAGUUAUCAUAUGGCAAGUUGAUCCGGAUACACACCUCUUAAAACUGCUUAAAACGUUAGAAGGCCAUGCAUAUGGGGUUUCUUACAUAGCAUGGAGUCCAGACGACAGCUACCUUGUUGCUUGUGGUCCUGACGACUGCUCUGAGCUUUGGCUUUGGAAUGUACAGACGGGAGAAUUAAGAACAAAAAUGAGCCAAUCUCAUGAAGACAGUUUGACCAGUGUGGCCUGGAAUCCAGAUGGGAAGCGCUUUGUGACGGGCGGCCAGCGUGGUCAGUUCUACCAGUGUGACCUGGAUGGGAAUCUUCUGGACUCCUGGGAAGGCGUGCGAGUGCAGUGCCUGUGCUGCUUGAGUGACGGGAAGACUGUGCUGGCCUCGGACACACACCAGAGAGUCCGGGGCUACAACUUUGAGGACCUGACAGAUAGAAACAUAGUACAAGAAGAUCAUCCUAUUAUGUCAUUUACUAUUUCAAAAAAUGGCCGAUUAGCUUUGUUAAAUGUAGCAACUCAGGGAGUUCAUUUAUGGGACUUGCAAGACAGAGUUUUAGUAAGGAAAUAUCAAGGUGUUACCCAAGGGUUUUAUACAAUUCACUCGUGUUUUGGAGGCCAUAAUGAAGACUUCAUCGCUAGCGGCAGUGAAGAUCACAAGGUUUACAUCUGGCACAAACGUAGUGAACUGCCAAUUGCGGAGCUCACAGGGCACACGCGCACAGUAAAUUGUGUUAGCUGGAACCCACAGAUCCCAUCCAUGAUGGCCAGUGCCUCAGACGAUGGCACUGUUAGAAUAUGGGGACCAGCACCUUUCGUAGACCACCAGAAUAUUGAAGAGGAAUGCAGUAGCAUGGAUAGUUGAUGGCGAAUUUGGAGCAGACGACUUCUGUUAACGUAAAAUUAGUCGUAUUUUAAUGGCUUGGGAUUUGGUGCAAACAAACAUGAUUGAUAGCUGGACAGACAUGCUCGUCAUGAAAAAAAGAACCAUUUUGAAGCCCGAUUGGGGCCAAACAUUUACACCUUGCUUCAUAGUAACCAGUUGAUGAAGCACGUCUUAGAACGUUGUUGGACACCAUGUUGAAUUACUCCCCAUCGGUUGUGAAGAACUGUGCUACAUUCAGGCUUCCCCAUUGAACUCAGUAUAUAUAUUUUUCCCUCCUGCCUUUUGUCUGGUGGGACACCAUUCUUGUUGCUCUUCUGUGUAAUGAAGUUCAAAUGCUUGUUUGGAAACUUUAUUUAACAGUUUAGAAGGCUUGAUAGGAAGAGUUCAUUAGUCUGAAGAGUAUACAUUGGACAAGAAAGAAUUCCCUUUUGUUUCUCCAAAUCUUUCCGCCUUAUUUAGCUUGAGAUCUUUGCAGCUUGGUUCAUGGAUUCUAGCCUUGCCCGUUGCGCAGUAUAUACUGAUCAGAUGAUAAACCAGUGAACUAUGUCAAAAGCACUCUCAAUAUUACAUUUGACAAAAAGUUUUGUACUUUUCACAUAGCUUGUUGCCCCGUAAAAGGGUUAACAGCACAAUUUUUUAAAAAUAAAUUAAGAAGUAUUUAUAGGAUUAAAGUGACUUCAUUUGUAUACAUUUGGAAUCUAAACCAGCUUAAAAAAGUGUCCUCUGUGACUGAGAUGCGCAGUGUAACUGAUGCUCUUCUGGAGUGCCACGUGAGACAUGGCAUGGUCAGACACAGUGUUCAGAAGGACAUGGCACACGAAAGCCAGAGAUACUUUGAGGUCUCCCCCUUUUUAUUUUAUUCCAAAGGGACAUCAGUACCUGAUACUGAAGAAAUUCAAGAUUCAAAAGAAAAAUUUUAUAAAUAAACCAGUCUGGGAGAUCAGCGUCAGCCUAGGCUUCCAAGAAAGCUUGUUCCAGGUUCUUCUGAACUUGGGGGAAUCAUUUUGAUGUGAUCUAGUGAAAGUAGACAUCAGAAGAUAGACCCACUUUGGGAAUUUAUAGUGUAGUUGAGUCUUAGAGGAAGUCAGCAAGUUACAAACAUGGACACGAGUUAGAGCCUGAGUCAUUUCCCCUAAUUGCCCUUAAUGUCCACCAUACAGGGACACCCAUUUGAAGAAGAUCCCUCUCAGCGUCUCAGAUGUUGCCGCAAUGAACCUCAUUCAAACUGGUGCUGUGGACAGUCCCUCCCGUUCCUAAGUUCAUGGGAUGUUUCCUUUAUGGAAAAAAAAAGACAUAAGCCUGAUUGCUAUUCAUGGUGUGUUUUCAACCCCAUAAUUGCUGGGUCUAACAGUCUCCUUUGAAAUCCAUGUUUUCCAGUAGGGGAUAACCAGGGUGACCACAGCUAUUGGAAAGAGAAGUGGAAUUACUCCCAAUGUAUCCCCGUGAACAAAAAAAAAUCUUGUACAGCUUGCCCUGGAGGCUGAGCCGGGACCAUAGCACUCACCAUGAUCACACCCUCCAUAGCAUUCACCAUGAUCACACCCUCAGGGUCCUGAGAGGAGAGAGGCUUGUACUAUGGACUCUUUCCAUUGUGGGGCUCAUAGGGAGAGAAAGCCAGGAAGAGGGAGAAGAAAACACAUUUGGCCUUAAGAUAGUGUUCAUUCUCCCAAAGCCCACAGUAAGGAGAUGACAGAUCGUAGUCAGUCAGCAGAUUAUUAAUUCAAAUGGGUAUGUAAAAGAUUCCUUUAAGCUUCAUUUUUCAGAGACCACCACUUUAGAAAAUCAGAGAAAUCUUGUUUUGAUACUUCUUAGUUAAAAUAAUAUGUUACCGUUUAUCUGGUACUUCAUUUUCUUGACUAAAAUUACUUUUCACUUUAAGCUUGAAUAAAAAUUUUCAUUCAUAACUGUAUAUAAUUAAGUGGCAACUCCUCUUUACCUCAGUGCAGUUAAAACUAUCUUUUGAUUGACAUACCCUGAAGCCAUUAAUACACACACCCCAGUCUCUACAGUAACAAUCACUAACCACAUAUGGGUACAGAACUCCACAGCUGUUUACAGAUGUGGUUACAUUGUACUAUGUGGCAUGCACAUAAUGUUCCCUGAGGUCUUGACCAUCAGGGCAGUUUGGCACUUAUAUUUCUGCUAGUACACCUAGCUGCACCUAGAUCUGAGUUUUCACAGUGUUUCUGAAGUAUGAGGUAAAAUCAUGCCGGAAAGUUGAGGGACAUUCCCAGAGCAUAGCUCGUGCUGGAGCAGGGUUACAAGUAUGCAGAGGUGUCGGCAGUGGCAGGUGAGCUUGUCCCCAGGCCUGUCCGGACUGGCAGCUCCCUCUGUAGACUGGUACCUGACUGUGCCAAUUUGCUGUAAGCAUCUGUUUCCUAUGUUUGCCAUGAAGGCAGUGUGGUAGAAAGGAGGUGAAGGCAGGGGUUAUGGUGGAAGAACCUGGUGGCAGGAUGACAUGAAAAUCUGACAGUGUGAUAAAAUGAUAAAGGCUUAAGAGAAUUCUGUCAAGCCUGCCACAAGAUGCUAACCAAUGUAAAAACUGAAAAGUACCAAUACUUUUUGCACAUAGAUCAAAAUAGUGGAGAAUUUUGGCUCCAGAAAUCAGGUUAGUAGGCUCAAUUCCAUGUGCUUAAAAUGUUUCUGUUGUUAAUGCAUCGAUUAAGGGCUAGAGUAAGAAUGGAAUUAAAUGUCUUUUUCCUCUAAAUAACUGGUUAUUAGUGGUAAGUGUUGGAUUGGGGGGCCACUGAGGUUGGUUUGUGGGUGGCGAUCAAAAGAAUUAGAGUGGGAGUGAGUCAGGGGAAAUGGCAAAGCUUCCACCGUUGGAGUUUGAGUUGCACUAGUCUCCGUGCCAGCUGUGUGGCAUCGCUCUUCCUGGCCAGAUAAAUGUCCUGGUAACCCAGGUAAGUAGUGAAAACAGGACAUUUUAUUUGUAAAAACUGGCUCAUUUUAUUGGGUGGGAGAACACGUAUGUAAAUCUCUGACUAUAAGUAAUUAAAUUAGCAGUAAUUCCAAAAGAGUAGUUAAUGAGGAGUGCUCUGCCUUAAGGGGCAUUCUGUGGCAUUAAUAGAAAAUUCUUUCCCACCCCUUCCAAUCUUGAAAUUUUCUUUUUUAGGAUGUUGGGUCCUGCAAACAAGAACUGACCCUCUGCCUCCCAUGGGUCCAUGUCUCGCACAUCUCUUGAAAGGGGGCAUACCUAUGUCGUUUACAGCAAAAAAUGGGAGGAAAGAAGAGACGUUCUCUUAAUAGCCAUUAUUCCUGUUUUAAAAAAUACAUUUUUACCUAUUAAUUUUACUUUGAUGUCUCAUUUAGACAUCACCAACUCUCCCUUUGUGUUGCUGGCCAAAGCAUUACCACCAUUUCCAAAACAGUACCUGAUUUCAUAUAAACUACUAGCCUAAAGAGGUGAAUUUGCAUUUACACUUAGACACUUUCUAAAAACAGGGUGAAAUUAACCUAAACCUUGGAGUUAUUGUUAUAGUAGCUGCCCUACAGUUACAAAAACAAGCUGUAAAAGCCCAUCCCUUAAUCUACUUAAUCCAGAUUGCCUGGAUGUAAUGAAGUUAAUUAUAUAAAAGAGUGUGUGUGUGUGUGUGUGUGUGUGUGUGUGUGUGUGUGUGUGUGUGUGAGAGAGAGAGAGAGAGAGAGAGAGAGAGAGAGAACUUGAUAAAAUAAUCUAGAAACAACUCUUAGGUUGUCAUUUUUACUGAAUGUCUUGUACACAUGUAAAAUACCCUCUCUUGAGUCGAAGGCUUGGUUAAUAUUUGUCUAUUUUUAUAAAAAUGAAACUGUCCCAUCCUUAGACAUUUACCUUAUCAGGAUCAACAUGCUAGAAUUAUAACAUUUGUAGGCUCAGUGAGGGUAAAUGUUUUUGGCCCCUUGAAAAAGAGAGUGUGUGUGUGUGUGUGUCUGUGUGUGUGUGUCUGUCUGUGUGUCUUGAGGGAAAUCACAAUAUGCUUAUAAACCAAGCUGUAGAGAUCAUGUAAAGAACGUGGGUGUUGCUCUGGAGAUUUCUGAGCUAUAGAAAGUGGUCAGGCAUUGCGGUGUGGUGAAGCCAGCACAGAGCUGUUGGUAUGGGCUAACAUUUAACUAUGGACUGAUAAGAUGUUUCCAGAGGAUUGUGUUCUUAAACUUUGGGGUUUGCUUUUCUUAACUGCCUCUCAGAUUAUAUUUAGUAGUUUAAAUUCCUUUGCUUUAUUUCAUUAAAGUAUAAAAACUUCAGGUCUCAUAUUUAUUUUCACUUGUUCUACUAAUUAUUUACAAGACACCUUUUUGGUUGACAUUUAUUUUAUAAAUGUGUGGUAUAUUAAAUGUCUUUAAUUUUUUUUGUUUUAUUGAAAUUACAGUAACUUUGAUUUGAUUUGCUGGGAUUUUUAAAUUUUAUUUCGAUUCCACCUUUUCCAUGUCGGUGCACAGCACUCGCCCAGCCCUUUGUACUUCCUUCUGUCAUUCAAUAAACAGAAUGAGUAAUUAAGUAA